AUGGCUAGUGGGAGCAAAGAAAGAGUCCCUGUUAACAACGAGCCAGAUACUGUGGAUGAACCAUGCGCCAUUGAUUUUGAUGCAGACCGUAAAGAUUCUUUGGCAAGAAGAUGGCCACCCCAGAGGAGAUAUGUAAACGAUAUUAUAUUGGAAAGACGGUUACUUCCAGCAUUGCCACCAAAUGAAUAG